AUGAAGGUCCAAUUCGCCGUCGGUCUCGCAGCGACCUUUACUGGUGCUUGGCAGCCCGCCGCGGCAUUGCACUCCCCUAACAUGGCUGCAGCCCCACGGCGGCCCGCGCGGGCUACUGGCACAGGUCGUCAGGGAGUUUUGCUUCCCGACACAGAUGUAGCAUUCGCGGCAGCUUUUGCAGAAACAGCCUCGGUUCAGGGAAUUGCUACCACUGAAGAAGUCGAUGGAGUAUAUGGCACGUGUCUCGUGGCCACUAACGCCACGAUCUCCGACUGCGAAGCUGUCAUCGACGAUAUUGCAGCAAACUCUGGGAACCUCUCAGUUGCGCCGGGGUUUUGUCUCAACUGGUGGGAAGGCGGCUGCCAAGGACGGGUGUGCGGGAAGAACGACCUUUAUGAAGCGGAUGCCCAGUCCGUCGCCAGCACGAUGAAGGGGUCAAUACUGGAUACCUGCAUUGCCAACGGGUUGACUGGCGUUGCUGCCGACUGCGCAGACUACAAGGGUAGCUGUGGGACUUAUCGGCUCUUCCUGCAGACUUUCGCUGGGAUCUAA